AGCAUUAUGUAGAGACCUGGUGCCUUAUCUUAUUGUACGUGGGUCUCACUUCGGGACUAGAGUGUGCCUCCAGUACGAGGCUACGCCGCAAGGCUGACUCUUUCUCCCAGUCACAAGAGCGGCCACAACUCUCAUGACCAUCACAAUUGAAAUCGGGUCGUCAGCCUGUGACCGCAUCUUCGAGUUGGCAUCCUGGAUAUGGCUAUACCGUCUCUAUACGAGCACCAUCUAUUCACUUGUGAACGAAGCGUUUAGAAUCACGCUGUGUGCCACAGGUCCAAGCCCAUCCGCCAACUGUCACCUGCCGUUUUCAUUUAAACGGCCAGCAAAUUACUCAUCUUCAACAACACCUCGCGCGAGGCUCUCGGGGUUGUUGUGAUCCUGCUUAGGUGGCCGUCACAUCUAUAUUCUACCAAAUAAAUCUGUUCAAGUAAGCCUCAUCAGUAUGCCGCUUUACCCUGCCGCACCGUCACCUAAACGGAAACGAGAUGAAAAGCCACAUUCGCCACAGCAGAGAGUCACUUCGAGACGGUUAGAUACACUCCCAGAAAAGUUAAUGUCAUCUUCUGGAGAGGAUAUCGACACGGGGGUUCAGACUCCACGGUCCAGGGUAGGCCAUAGCUUUGGGGAGCUGGAAAUAGAGGGAACUGGUGGGGUCAGCAGGCUGGACCUGCUUGGGACGUUUGGGGCAUCAUCGAAAGUUGACAACGGCGAACCCAGAAAACAAGCCAAAUCUUCUCGGAAUGGAUUUAAAGAAAUCCCGGAGACACCCCAGGUCUCCUCCAAUAUGGUUUCAGGCCCAACUGGUGCUAUACGUUUUGAUAGGAACGGUGCAUUUGGCAGCCAGCAUAACAACGUAAUAUUCACAGGCGCCAACUCUACCAAUACCCUAACUACACUCAGUACAACGCUUCCUAGUCGCCCAAGUCAUAAGCAGCCGGCCUCUCCACCUUCGCCUGAUCCUCCACCACAGCAAUUCUCACCGGCGCCCUCGCCUCCCGUCACUCCUGCGAUCUCGCCUCUUCAGGAACCUCCAUCGCUUCACUGGGAAGAGUCCGAAAUUACUGGUCAUAACCCCAGUGAUCCCGAUGAUGAUGGCGAGGGGAUCAACGGCGUCGGUUUCAAGCCCACCGCUGCUAUUACCCGGGCUCGUUCUGAGCGUCGUCGCAAGCAGUUGGCUGACUACAAGUCCCGUGAAGACAAGGAGGCCAGAGAUGAGAGGGCUAAGAGGGCUGCACUGAGGAGGCAAAAGGGGAGUGAGGGUGUGGCUGCUAAGACCGAGGAAACUCAAGUCUCGGAGAAGGAGAGAAGGGUGAGGUUCUCUGAGGCCGAAAGAGCGAUCGAUGUGCUCUGAGAGUUGUUCGGCCUCUUGGGAGGUUGGAAAGAAAUUGAGGAAAUGAAUAUAUGUCUUUCUUGGCUUUAAUGGCAUUCUUUUGCAUCAAAGGGCUUGGAUGGGGACCUGGGAGCUGAGUUAUAAUAUAUAAUAUUCAUAUAGCGCGGCGUUAGGCUGGAGUUGAAGCAGCUAAUGCGUUGGUUCCGUUUAGCAUUUAUAGGCUCGACUAUUUAAUUUGAUUACUAUGAAUUCAUACUAAGAUAAAUAUUCCCAGAUC